AUGAAAGCGUACGGAAAGGACAUUAUGGCUGCAAUUAUGGAGAGCCACUGCAAUUUUGUAGGCUCGGCUGCUGCUAAGGCCUGGUCUCCUACAGCCUCAGAAACUGGAGGUUUUCAGUCGCUGGCUCGGUCACGUCCGCACCCGGUGGCUCACCUUGCCAGAAACAGAGCUCCUUGUCGGUGCUCGGGUGGGCUCGCUAGUCGCCGUAAAUGGCCAGCUCUCUCAGCCACGUCUAACUCUCGGUUGGCGCUGGUUCUGCUCGGUACUCGGCGGAAGCUGCUUGGUUCUCGGACAUGCCAGAAAUCUGCUGGCCAGAAAGGAGUUUUGCUGAAGGAGUACUUAGGGAAAUUUUAUGAAACUUGUGAACUGAUGAGGGUAGAAAUGAGGAUGGCGGCUGGUGUUGCUUGGGGUUAA